GGACGCAAUUAGAAGGCAAGCAGUCAAAAGCAGUGCAGAGGGGUUGUGGUGGAGGACUCCAUUUACAUGACUUGAUUCCACUUUGACUUAAGUUACUAGUGGCCCAGUUGUUGGCAGAUGAAGGAUCCCCCCCCUCCCCGCCUCUGGAAGUGUAUAUUCCCCCAUAGUUUCAGCAAAGCUCCUGAACCCCAAGGUAACAGGUCAAAGGCUAUGGGGGCGGUCUAACUUACUCCCACCUCUAAGGAUUGGUUACCUGGACACUAACAUGGCACACAUAUUUAACUGGUCACAUGGUUGUUCCGUCCAGCAAAAUCGAAAUCCCGAAAUGCUUGAGAGUUAAAAAGAAGGUAAAAGAGCACAUUUUGAAUACUGCGGCCUGUCCAAAUUGCAAGCAGCUGUGCCAGAUGUAAAGUGUCAGACAAGGAAGUGAUGGUGGGGGGAAAAAAGAUUAGAAAGCUCAUGUGUCCAAUUGGAAAGUCUCUUGAGUGUGCAGAUGUUUGAGAUCUGACUACAACGUGCUAGCCAAUGCAAGCCAGAGACGUCCACCACUUCCUGACUUAAUUCCCCCCAUAAAGAAUAUUGUCUUCCUCCAAAACAUAUCAAGUCAAGUAUGGAGUGCGCUCAGUGGCCCUCGCGGGACAUCAUAAAAACUGAAAUGAACUUCCCCGGCGCUCUUCUAAUGAGUCCAACAGUCCAAUCCCCCAUGACCUUACACGUUCUUCCUCACAAAGUCUGACUAGGAAUUGUAUGAAAACCAAGCUUGCUUUGAACCCUUCACCUCUGUACUGUGAGGCGGACGUGCUAACCAGUUGACCCCCGUGGCACUGAUUGCCAACAUCACAUGACCAAAACCAAAAAAACAGUUGAGCCGUGACUGUAGUCACUUGACCCCUUUGGCACUAUGAUAUCAUUUUCAAGUGAUAGUACAAGACCAAAAUGGCAGCCUCUGGAAAUUAAUAUUUUUAUAAUUAAUAUUUCAAAAAUGCAAUAUUAAUCAGAAUACCAUGUUUACACUAGUGGGGAUGCAGAUAACAUUGUGAAAAACAAACAUUGUUUUGGCUUGACUUCCCCUUUGAGAGCAUGAAUGACAAAUAUUGAAUCCAAAUGAUAUCAUAAGACAGUAAUUUAUGUAGUUUGAAUUCAUGCACAAGAAUCUAAUGUAUUAAUUCUAAUCUAAUUGUUAGAUUUAAAUGAUUGGUAUAUGUUUAUGAAACAUAGAGACGCCACUCAAAUCUCCUGGUAUGUCUCUUGCAAAUUAUGAGUUUGCAGUGUCCCCUGGAGAAAGAAACCGAAACAGCAAGCGGAUUUGCUUAGUACAAUGUUGAAUCUGACAAUUCGUUGGAUUGUAAUUAAUUAUCAUAAUCACUGCCCACUUAAUUGCUUUAUCUUAAAUACCCAUUAUUUUUUAAGUCGUUGUACCUUUGCUUGAUAUUUGUAGAACACUACACACAAACUAAUUAUAUUAGGCUUUUUUGGUGAAAUUGCAGGAUGAAAUUAAAAUGCACCUUUUCGGUGUAAAAUAAUUUGGCAGAAUGAAAUUAUCUUAGAGAGAGUAUAAAUUCUGUCAAUAUCAGCCUUAUAGUGAAAAACUGUACUUUGGAUGCCACCCGAAAUGUUUCAGCUUUUGCGACCCGGAAAUUGUGUGACGUCAUGGUGAAUGUGAAUGCUGAAUCUAUUUGACAAAUAUUAAAACAAGUGUCGGUGGACGGAUGUUGACUAAAUUACAAAAUAAAACAAGCAAAUAAUUAAUAAUAAAACAUUUUUUCUGUAAUAUUCUCUUGUUAGUUGAGUUUCGCUAUUCCCUUCCAUUUUUUAAGGCGGGGCUUCUAAUUUUAAUGUUCAACAAUAUUUGAAAUAAAACGUCUGAGGUUAAAUCUUUAAAAAUAAUAAAAAGUAAAUUAUACUGAGAAAGACAUGUUUGUGCUUAUUUUUCACCAUAACCUAUGUGAAGAGUGUAAUUAUUUUAUUGUAUUAUUUCACUUCGGCACCCCUCCCUCCCUUGGACUUGGUUUGUUCCACUCCAGUUUGAAGCUCCGAGCGGGAGGAGUUUUCCCCUGUGUUGCUGUUGUGUUGUCGGAAGUUGACGUUUUGGGACUGAAAAUAAGCAUAAAUGACCCACAAUAAGUCUUUCGUUUUUUCAUUUCAUAACGGCGACGAAAACUAUUAAAUAUGGAGAUACGUUGGUUUUAAAUCUUGCUAGCUUAGCUUUGGCUGCGACUUUCCAACAUUGUCGGACUUGAAAAUCGUCGAGCUUCGUGUUUGAAUCUCUCACUCUCGUCCUGUCUCACUCUUUCACACACACAGCGUUACAGUAAAUAAUCGCUUAAGUUAUUAUUUUACAUUGAUAAGUCUUUUUUUCCCUUCACGGAAUGGACGCGUCGACUUGUUUGAAGUCUCUGCUGCUCGCCACGCAGCAGUAUGAAGGCGGCAGGAGCGCUCAAAAUGCGGCGCAGCUUCUUAAACAAGUGGAGGAGGUUUCCUCCCUCAAAUGUGACCAGCUGCUUUCUUCGGGUCAGCUGCUGCCCAUAGAGUGUGUCCGUGGGCUUGUGGAGCUCACCGGCAAUGCAAACACCUGUCCCGCCGUGGCCGGUGCCAUCUUAUCCCUACUGGCGCAGCUUGCUUGUGAUGAUGACAGCAGGAAGAUCCUACACUCUCACUUCAACCUCACCAGCAUUCUGGCCCUGCUUGUGCAUCGCCACAGUGCCACCCCCGGAGACCCUUUGAUACUGCAGAGUUUACAGUUGCUGCAGAAGCUAACCUACAGCACUCGCAUCUUCCCAUCCUCGAGCCACGUCCACGAGCUCAUCGGCUUCCUCAUGUCCAACAUCCAGUCGGAUAGCGAUGACAUCAUCAUGCCGUGCUUGGGCCUGCUGGCCAACCUUUGUCGAGAUAACCCUGCCGUGCAGAGUCACAUCAAGUCUCUGGACACCGUGAAGCCGUUUUAUCGGACGCUGAUCCGCUUCCUGGCCCACAACAGUCUGACCGUGGUGGUCUUCACGUUGUCCAUCCUGGCCAGCCUGACCCUCAACGAGAAGGUCGGAGAGAAGCUCUUCGAUGCCAAAAACAUCCACCAGACCUUCCAGCUGGUCUUUAACAUCAUCGUCAACGGCGACGGCACGCUGACCCGAAAGUACUCUGUUGAUCUUCUGGUUGAUUUGUUGCAGAACCCGAAAAUUGCGGAUUAUCUCACUCGGUACCGGCACUUGUCGGCGUGCGUGGAUCAGAUUUUAGGACUGUUGCAGUCAAAAGAUGCCGACUCAGCAGCCAAGGUCCUGGAGCUACUCCUCGCCAUGUGCGGCGUGUCGGGUCUGCGGCCGCUGCUUUGCCGUGUACUCUUCAAACCGGCGACACCCAAACUCAAGGCGGCGUCGGAGCACAAGGCCAAUCCUGGGCUGGCGCUGGUGCGGUGGAUCAGCUCGCCCGUGGCGGGCGCUGAGGCCUGCUCGCUCAAGGCGCUGCAGCUGCUCAAGGAGCUGCUGGAGGAGGCAUUGGGCGCCGCCAUCAUGCCAGACUCAACAGAGAGUUUUGUGGAGAUGCUACUUCCUGUCCUGCUGGACUUUGUCAAGGGCCUGGACCCGCCCCCCCAAGGAGAAGCCCAACUGAGACAACACUGCGAGUGCGUCACUCACGUCAACAGUGUGCUGCUCGUCAUGUGCAGCAAAGACGUCACACAGGCACUGGUAUCAAACCAGGUGAGCGCCCGGCAGUGCCUUUUGCAGGUGGAAACGCUUCUUGCUUGUUGUCAUGGCAACAACGCCACGGCCUGUCUGCCCCCGGGCGCAGACAACAGCCUCAGUCAGGUGUGCGCGGAGGCUCUGCUCAGCACUUUGGUACUGAUGAGCAAACUGCGGCAGCUGGUCAAGGACAUGGAGACGGGCUUCUACCGUACGCUGCAGGACCAGAGGAUAGCCACACCCCUCGCUCUGGCCCUGACCUCGCAUCACAGAGCGCACGUGCAGACUGGCCUCGCUCUGCUCUUAGAGGCCACGCCACUCCCGGACUUCCCGUCGCUGACGCUCGGGGACAGCAUGGCCGCCAACAACGCUUACCGGCAGAGGGAAACCGAGGUGCCCGUCAAGCGUAUUCCCGUGCAGGAAUUGCCGCCUCCUCGGACAAACGUCAACGGACUGGAUAUGUCCGGCGCUUCCAGCGGCAUCCACAGCCUGGUGGAGAAGCUCCACGGCGGCUUGGAGCUGCAGGAGCCAGCCAAGGACAUGCACUUGUCUGACAUCAUCGACGUCUACGAGCAGAAGCUCAGCGCCCUCGCCUCUGAGGAGAGUCGCCUUCAGGACCUGCUGGAAGCAAAAGCCGUGGCCCUGUCUCAGGCCGACCGCCUCAUCUCACAGUAUCACUUUCAACGAGCGCAGGCCGAGGCCGAGGCUCGCAAGCUGGCCAGCCUGCUCAAGGAGGCGGAGCGGCGGCGCGAAGUCCUUCAGGGCGAGCUUGGCGUGCAGCUGGAGGAGGCGCGACGCUCCAAGGCCGACGCGGAGGAGCUGCUGCAUCACAACGCCAGGCUUCAACUGGACUCGGAGGAGCACCAGACCCUCAAAGGCGCCUACAACUCCCUGCUCCACCGGUUCGACGAGAGCGAGUCUCUUCUGAAGGAGCUUCAAUCGGCCCACGCCAACCUCAGCAAACACAACGACGCGCUGAAGAAGAACCACCAAACUCUGCAGCUGCAGCACGACAAGAGCGUCUCGCUGUUGAAGGAGAAGGAGGAUGAGAUCAAGUCGCUGCAUUCAGACAUGCGGUCAAAGGACGAGGACAUAGCAGCUCUGCGAGGUGACCUCCGGGUGGCAGCGGACAAAGGGAGGGAGAGUGAGCAGCAGAGGCGGGAGCUGGAGGACAUGCUGGAUGCUUUGAGGAAGGAGCUGAGCAAGACGGAGCAGGCCAGGAAGGACGCCAGCAUCAAGGCUUCUUCUCUGGAGCUGCAGAAGAGUCAGGUGGAGACCAAGCUCAAGCAGUGCGAGGACGAGCUCAACAAGCACUCGGCCAUGAUCGCCAUGAUCCACAGCCUGAGCAGCGGCAAGAAGAACGACGUCAACCUCUCGUUGUGAUGGCCACCAACACCAAAUGCAGCAGACACAGCUACAACAAUGGCAACUCAGCCCUGGCCCAAAAUGAUUUUUAAUGAAAACGACUCUUUAUUGUAUUUAAAUAAUAAUAAUAUUUGGCAAAUAAAUGUGUACUUGUGCAAAACAAAAA